AUGGAGUCGAAUCUCGUGCGCAAUGGCUGUCGGCGGGCUGUUGCAGUAUGCCAGACUGCGUCAAGGCGGCGAACGAUACAUCAGUCCAGCAGAUGUCGGGCAACGCCCAUUGAACGCCAGGGAGACAUCAAAGCAGCACCACCCGUACGACUCAACAAGGACCCGAAUCAAUUCGGACGAGGCAGACCGCGAGCACAGCUGGUAGAGAACGAGGACUCCCGCAACGACCCCGAAUCACGCCAACGGGCUAUGCUCAGACGAAUCCGCAUUGUCCCAGCAUCGCCCUCGUACUUCACAGCAACGCCAAAGUACACAGACGAUCUGCUGGAGCUCACAGCACUGCUGCGGAAAUAUCAAACACUGCCGACAUUACCUCGAGGAGAAGCGCCCAGCGUACGAUGGAAGUCACGAGACCUGUACAAGAUCGAGACGCAGGAGAAUGUCCGAGCAAAGUCCUACAACACGCUAGUCGAGCUGCUCAAGCGUCUGAAUUACAUCCAUCCCUCUUUGAUACCUGCCGAAGUGACGGAAGCCCUGGAUAGGUACAAGCGCCUGGUGCAGCCACAUCUGAACACACCAAAUCCAAUUGUCAUUGAUCAGUAUGGGAGAGCAAAGGCAGUGGGCAGAAGAAAGUCCAGCAAAGCAGCAGUGUAUCUCGUGGAAGGUGAUGGACAAUGUCUGAUCAAUGGUAAGAAGUUGACAGACUUCUUCGGGCGUAUGCAUGAUCGGGAGAGUGCAGUGUGGGCAUUGAAGGCGACGCAAAGGUUAGAUAAGUACAAUGUUUGGGCGUUGGUGAAGGGAGGUGGCACAACAGGACAGGCUGAGGCGAUUACAUUGGGUGUCGCGAAGGCUCUGCUGGCACAUGAGCCGGCAUUGAAGCCGGCGUUGAGGAGAGCCGGCGUUGUAAAGCGCGACCCAAGAAGAGUCGAGAGAAAGAAACCUGGCAAGCUGAAGGCACGAAAGAUGCCCGCCUGGGUCAAGCGUUAG